AUGGCACUGGGAACCAUCCUGCCAGUGCUGGGCGGCCUGCUCGUUGCCCUGCUACUCUACGCAUUUCUCUUCAUCGGACGCCGCGAAAAGGGUCUGCCACCUGGUCCCCCCACUGCCCCGAUCAUUGGAAAUAUUCAUCAAAUCCCUACCAAGGGUUCUUACCUGACGUUCACUGAAUGGUCCAAGAAAUAUGGCGGCAUCUUCUCCCUCAAGCUCGGCCCUGGAACCGCCAUUGUUUUCACUUCUCGCCACCUGGUGAAGCAGCUGAUUGACAAGAAGUCAAACAUCUACAGCGACCGGCCCCACAGCUAUGUUUCGCACAAUCUCAUUACAGGCGGCGACCAUGUCCUGAUUGCACACUAUGGCAAAACGUGGCAAAAAUACAGAAAAGCGAUUCAUCAGCACUUCAUGGAGUCUAUCGUGAUGAGGGACCAUUUACCCUUGCAGCAAGCCGAAGCAAGUCAGUUGUUGAAAGAUUUCCUCGAGCGACCGGAUCAGCACAUGGACCAUCCGAAGCGGUAUACCAACAGCAUCGCAUGCGCCACCAUCUGGGGCGUGAGAUCCCCUACAGUGGACACUCCACACAUGAAACGCCUCUACGAACUCAUGGAGAAUUGGUCGGUGGUCAUGGAACCGGGCAACACCCCUCCCGUCGAUAUCUUCCCUUUUCUACACUACGUUCCCGAACAGCUUUUUGGGAACUGGCGCUCGCGAGCCAAAGACGUUGGAAAUGCGAUGAACAAUCUGUAUAAUGAUAUGUUGACCGGGCUCGAAAAGCGCAGAGAAGCCGUGGGCAGCAAGUAUUCAUUUAUGGACAGAGUCCUUGACCAGAAAGAAAAGCUUGAACUGAACCGACAUCAGCUCUAUUUCCUGGGCGGCACAAUGAUGGAGGGCGCAAGUGAUACCUCUUCAAGCAUCAUCAUCGCGGCCAUACAGGCCUUCACCAAGUGGCCUGAAGUCAUGAGGAAAGCGCAGCAUGAAAUUGACAGUGUCAUGGGCGAAGACCGAUCUCCUGUGUGGGCUGACUAUGCAAAGCUACCGCCGGUGGUUCCGUUGGCAUUUCCACAUGCUGUAGACGAAGACGACUGGGUCGAUGGGUACAAAAUCCCAAAGGGCUCUGUGAUCUUCAUCAAUGCAUGGGGAAUGCACCACGACGAGAAGAGAUUCCCAAACCCGGACAAAUUCGAUCCAGAUCAUUACAAGGGGGUCACGGCGCUUGCUUCGGAACUCGCCCAAGCCUCCAACCCUGACGACAGGGACCAUUAUGGCUAUGGCUCCGGCAGACGACUUUGUCCCGGCAUUCAUCUCGCGGAGAGGAAUUUGUUCCUUGCCAUUGCAAAGCUGCUGUGGGCUUUUGAAUUUGCGCCUGGAAAAGACAACGAUGGAAAACCGAUCAUGCCGGACACCGAUCCGACUACGGGAUAUAGUGAGGGUUUCUUGGUGUGUGCAAAGCCCUACACUCUGGAGGUCAAGGUGAGAUCUGAGGCAAGACGGGAGACUAUCCUGAGGGAGUAUCAAGAGGCCAAACGGGAUGUGUUUUCAGCGUUCGAAAACUAA